AUGUCUGCCUUGCAAGGUGUUCGGGGGGUCAAGCUACGAGAUAAAACUGACCCAGCCCAGCCACGGAGCCAAAGAGAUGGGCGUAAACCUUUCUGUGUUUCCCCGCAAACCGACUGGGUGUUGCCUAAUUGUGGAACUAAGCAAAGAUAUGCCUUAAGGGAACUCUUGAGGCAGAACUCCAUAGUAUAUGCAAAGAGAGGGCGUCGUUUGCCAAAAGUAUGCCAGAGAACGCCCAAACUGCGAGCGGUUCUGCUCAGAGAUCACACAUUCCACUGCCAAAACGUGUCCAGUUCCCUGCCACCAGUAUCGUCUGCUCCAGGCUAUGUCUCUGCUGCCCAGAACACUGCCACUGCUUCUUCACACGAGGACAAGCAGGACAAACACAACAAGCUCCACAAGCAUCUCCGAGGGUCAGCGGUGAGCCGACAGCUUCUGUCCAGAUCAGACUCUUUCUUCCCUUUACCGUCUGACCUGACGCUGUUACGAAGACCAACCUUCGUGUCAUCCCUCCCGGUCAUCAAUAGAGAUGUUCACUUGCUGGCCCAGUCGCUGAAGCCUCUGGUCAUUGAGGAUUCUUUUAUCAAGACUGUGAGGUUCUACCAAACUCACUAUCCUCUCUUGUUGGAAAGGAAGACCGACGAUGUGAAGGAAAAGAUAGUGACUCGUCGUUGCGUUACGCCCAUGGAUGAAGAGGCGAUUAUUAACAAACGAGCGAAAGACAUGAAUCGGAGAAUCGUUCGGUUUGAUCAGCAGUUAGAUACAUUAGAGAAAGACGUUGACAGCGAUGAUUUUGUCACGGAACUCAGAGCUGAAACAUUCGACCCUAGACAAUGGGCUUGGAAUUCAACAAGAUAUCUUUAGCAAUUAGGAGAGGUGUAUUACAGUACACUUCAGUUAUUAUACAUCACUAUGUGAAUUGUUCUGGUAUAAUAUAUAUAAGUCUGUUUUGUUUAACGACACCACUAGAGCACAUUGAUUUAUUAAUCAUCGGC